GCAGGGGCUGCGGUGGCCGCGGCCAGCCCCGGCUAGGCCGGGCGCGCGGACUCACGUUCUCCCACCAGAAGGAUCCGCACGUCUUUCUUCAUGUCUGCGGCUCGCAGGGGCCGGCCUCGGCCCGCACGCAUGGGGCGGACUCCUCUCGCCCGGAGCGCCCAGCCCGCGGCGCCGCUCUCCCCACGCUGCCGGCGCCGCCUGCCAGCCUCUCCCGCCGCCCCGCCCGAACCUCGGCCUCCCGGGCCCGCCGCACCACCUCCUCAGCAGCUUCCCCGCUCAAGAGCCGGGACAGCGCCUGCUCCGCCUCCUCCGGCUCCGCGAGUCGCGGCGGCGGCGGGGCGACGGGGCGCCGCGAGGGACAAGCACUUUCGGAACGCGAACGCUCUCUGUCCCGGACCUGCGCCCCCGCCGUCAGGAGAAGCCUUGUGGUCUGGUGCAGCAUGUAACAGCUGCUGACAAACUGCAUGGGUUUGAAUCCAGAGCCCAUCACCUGAUAGUUAUGUG